GUAAAUUUUAUAAAUGGCGGUGCUGAGUACUGGUAUUAAAUUCAACGCUGUUAAAUUAAAUAUUGUUCUCAUAAUGAUUGAAAUAAUAAUUUAAAGCUUAAGAUUUUGUGAUUUUCUCAACACUUCGAUAUCGGAAGUGUUAUCAGUAUUUGUGUUUUAUUGUAUACAUAAGUUAGUUUUAUAAAAUGUCGGGCGAUCACAAAACAUUGAUAAAGGGUAGUCCCUCGCAAUAUGUAAAAUUGAACGUAGGUGGGACUUUAUUUUAUACUACAAUUGGCACUUUGACCAAAAGUGAUAAUAUGUUGAGAACAAUGUUUAGCGGUAGAAUGGAAGUUCUUACCGAUUCAGAAGGUGAUGGGUGGAUAUUAAUCGAUCGUUGUGGCAAGCAUUUUGGGACUAUUCUGAAUUAUCUUCGUGAUGGAACAGUGGCAUUGCCUGAUACCUUUCGAGAAAUAAUGGAACUGUUAGCUGAAGCUAAAUACUUCUUAAUCGAAGAGCUCACCGAGUCAUGCCAACAAGCUCUUAGUAAGAAAGAAAGAGAAGCUGAGCCAAUAUGCAGAGUUCCCCUAAUAACGUCGCAUAAAGAGGAGCAACUUCUCAUCAUGUCAACUUCUAAGCCCGUUGUAAAACUGCUGAUCAACAGACACAACAACAAGUAUUCUUAUACAAGCACAUCAGAUGAUAAUUUGCUAAAGAACAUUGAACUAUUUGACAAGCUGUCUCUACGAUUCAGCGGGCGUGUCCUUUUUAUAAAGGAUGUUAUUGGCUCCAAUGAAAUAUGCUGCUGGUCCUUUUUUGGACAUGGCAAAAAAUGUGCUGAAGUUUGUUGUACAUCGAUUGUUUACGCAACUGAUAAGAAACAUACUAAAGUGGAAUUUCCUGAAGCCCGAAUUUAUGAAGAAACAUUGGGCAUUUUACUGUAUGAAAGUAGAAAUGGACCUGACCAAGACUUGAUUCAAGCCACAUCAUCACGUGGUGCUGUUGGUGGACUGUCCUGCACAAGCGAUGAGGAAGAGGAGCGCUCUGGGUUAGCUCGUUUGAGGUCAAAUAAGCAGAACAAUCAAUCUUAGCGGUUACAGUCCGGUUUGGCUCGUCUCCGGAGCUCCAAACGUACAAACGUUUGAUACCGAGCCGGUUUUUACUUUCCACUAUGCUGGCUACCAUGCUUAGGAUUUUAGAUUUGACUGAACUAUUGUCUACUCUGUGAGUUGUCUUCUGUGACUUCCUUGUCUAAUGGUGAUUUUGAACAUUAAGUGAAUGAAGCAUUUAUAAUAGUUGGAAAUAUGAACAAUACACAUUUGUGUACACAUAAACACUGAAUGAGUGAAAAAGAACAAAAUAUAUAUAAACAUGUUUUAAACAUAGUUUAAUUCAAGACAUGAGACGUAAAUU